AUGACAGUGACGUUUGUCCUUGUUUAAAUUGUUGCAACAGAAUCUAUCGAAUCUAUACAUGUACCCAAAAACCUAUAGAUAUCAAAAUAUUGUGGGGCUUAAAAUAUCCAUACUUGAUUAAAAAUGGUUGUUUGUAAAUUUUUCCAACAAGGAUAUUGUCGUUUUGGAAAGAAUUGCAGAAAUGAACACAUAUACGGAUCCAAAUAUUCUUAUCAUGCAAACGCACCCGCGGCUGCACCAGCCCCUGCGGCGGUAGUACAACAGCCUGGUGGAGUGACAGAUGAGCAACUUGUGAACCAGGUGCAGUCUGACAUCCAGGCAGUUCUUCGAGGAGGACAGUGGAUUCACUCGUGCUAUUCUCCUUUUAAAGACAAACCUUACUCGUUCCCGGGACUCACCGACCUAUCGCCAGAGGAAGCUCGACUCUUUAUGUAUGAGGCUAAAAAGAAUAACACUCUUGGAGUUGCAGUUAACUAUAUGAAUGAACUAGAAAAAACAACAAAACAAAAAUAUGCUCAACUGCUGCAACCAAAUGUGGCCAUCAUCAAGGUAUUAAGAAGCCUUUACAAAGGAGAGUAUGCCACAUCACCAUUUGGGAAUGCACAAGAGAGCAAUGUAGGACAGAAUGCAUUCGCUAGUAACAACGCAGCAUCUUCAAUAUUCCGCAGUGCAGUCCAAGCAGCACCAAUGAAUGCUGAAUCUCCUAACAAUGCUCAAUCAAUAUUCAGCCAGGCACAAAAAAGUAUAUUCAACACCCAACCAAGUCAACCAAUGGAUUCAGCCAAAGAUUUAUUUGCUGCAGCCAAUAACACAAAUGUUUUCGGACCCAGCGUUCCUCCAGCUAAUAUAUUUCAAACCCAGCAGAACCAGGACACAGCUGCUAAAUCAAUAUUUGCUUCAGCAGUUCAGAGUAAUUUUAAUACAAAUAAUCAAAGUAAUCCAGCCAGUAUAUUUGCUGCUGCAAAUCAAAAUACCUCACCAUUUAGUCAAGGAAAUGUCUUUCAGGCAAGUCCUAAUCAAGGACCUGUAUUUGGACAGCAAAGCAAACCUCCAUUACAAAGUGAUCCAGGUGUGUACAGUAUGGUAGAUGACUUGGCAGAAAGUGAUUUGGAAGCAUUCAAAGGUGACAGUUUCCAGUUAGGCUUCAUACCUGACCUUCCACCACCAUACGAGCUUUGUAUGGCUCCUGCGAACUCAACCUUUUUCAGUUAAGACUCAAAUUUUUUUUUUGUUUUUACAGUAUUUGAGUUAAGGUGUUACUUGUUUUAAUUUAACAUGAAAUACUAGUCUAUCAAUAUUAUGUUUUGUAUUCAGUAAAAAAAGUAUUGUAGUAUCAAAUACACUGUUAUUAGUUGUCUAUAAUCCAUAUUUUUCAACCCUAAAAUCUUUAUUUGAUAUUGUAAUUUUCUGUUUCAAUAUUUAUUAAAAUACAUGAAUACCAAUAAUGAUAUUAAGGAAGUUAAUAAAUUAUGCUGAUUGACUAUAAGCCCUCAUAGGUCCUCUUCCCAUGUUCAUUGGCGCUCCUUCAAACUCUGUACAGCGCCAUCUAUGCGCAGUCACGACGUUAACAUAACGUUAUCAUUUCUAAAAACGGUAUCACUAUUCUAUUCCGCUCUGUCUGUGUGGGAAGGGCGAGACAACAACAAGAACAACGCGUCUGCGUGACGUUGGAGGAGCGCCUAUGCGAAACGCCAGUGGGAUAGGGGCGUUACCUAUAACCUUUUAACUGGACCGCGCAGCCGACCCCUUUUUAAGUUUUUCAAUGCAACAGCCGUGUGUUAUCAGAACAUGCGGUUGUAUUCACUAGUACAUAAGGAAAGUAAGAUGUAUAUGUAGAGUGUAAGUUUUUAUGUAGUUUGUAUAUUGUAUUACUCAAGUAUGUUUAGGAAAAAAAGAGUUGGUUACUUCACAUACAAUAAGUGAAAAUUUUCUUUUCUAGAACUGAGAUUUUUUCCUGAGUGCUCAUGACUCAUCUGCUUUUGCUGCACACAUUUAAAUUUGUUUUUUUUCGAAAUAGUUAAUUACCUUUUUCAUUCGUUUUAUCACAAUGUCCACAAUGUGUGAAGUAUUUAUUUUCUGUUUGUAUUGUUAUAAUUUGUUGUAAAAAUCAUGUUAUCUGACUCAACUAUAUUUGACUGUGAUGAUUGGUUUAGAUUUAAGAAAGUAAAUGACUGAAUAAACUGAAAUAACUGAAUAAAUCUAUGUUUUACA